AUGGGCUUGUUGCCCAAUGAAAGACCAUCUCUCUCACUCACAAGUCACAACCACACUCGUAAAGAUUGGUGUGAUUAAUGGCGCUUUCUCUCAGCCAGACUCGACCACCAAGCCUUAGCCUUAACCUUAGCGUCGUCGUUUCUAAGAAAAGGUUAGUUUCAAUCCGAUGCGGUCCACGCGAUAACCGCGGACCACUUCUCAAAGGUCGAAUCCUAAGCACCGAAGCAAUCCAAUCGAUCCAAUCUCUCAAACGAGCACAUCGAACCGGUAGCUCAAUCUCUCUUACCCUCCGUCCUCUCCGCCGUCUCAUAAAAUCCGAUCUCGUCUCCGUCCUUCGUGAGCUUCUCCGUCAAGACUAUUGUACACUCGCUGUUCAUGUUCUCUCUACUCUUCGUUCAGAGUAUCCUCCUCUCGACCUUGUUCUCUACGCUGACAUCGUUAAUGCUCUUUCGAGGAAUAAAGAGUUCGAUGAGAUAGAUCGUCUUAUUGGAGAAAUUGAAGAAAUUGAUCAAAGAAGUGAUGAUAAAGCUUUAGCUAAGUUGAUUAGAGCGGUGGUUGGAGCUGAGAGGAGAGAGUCGGUGGUUAGGGUUUAUACCUUGAUGAGAGAGAGUGGGUGGGGGUCUGAGUCGUGGGAGGCUGAUGAGUAUGUGGCUGAGGUUUUGAGCAAGGGUCUGUUGAGACUAGGAGAGCAAGAUUUGGCUGCUCAGGUCUCACUCAAAUCUUCAAUUCUAAACCCUUGAAUUUUUCGGGUUUUUCGGGUUUUGGUGAAGGUCAUAAACUUUUGUAACAUGUGGUAGAUACUCAUUUGGAUUCCAUGUUUCUAUCAUUAUUUUGGUAAUGUUAGCAGUCUAUAUUUUGUUGCUACGGUUACUUCUUUCAAUUUGCUUCGAGCUGAAAUCGAUUCGGGUAGCGAAAAACGGACUAGUUACGAAAUGAUUCAUGGAAAGAAAUUGUUCCUGAUGAAAUGCUUGUAAAAAUGGUGAAAGAAGCUUUGGUCACAGCGAAACAGAUGGCUUUUAGAUGGAUAUUCGGAUUGGAGCUUGAUUUGUUCAUUCUUCUUCAAGAAAUUCUUGUUGAAAGA